CGCUGUGCAAAAACAGUUCAGUUAUACUGAGUACAUUGUUAAUUUCUCGUGACUGUUACUGAAAAAAUGCACGUUAAAGAUCAUAAGAGAUUAUAAUUUUCGUCUAUUAUUUCCGCAAGAUCACUUUUCAAGCACGUAUCUAACACACCAAAAAGCAAUUUCAAGACUGAUCGCAAAUCUAUUCAGUCUAUUCUUACCCUGCAGCUGAAGGGUGACCCGAAGUGGAAUAACAGCUCUCCGCGGUGUACGAGAUUUAGUGAGGUAACUAACUGAGAAAGUUAUAAUCUUUGAGUGACUUAGAUCGUUACAUCAAUUACAGUAGUUUAUAACUUUUCACCCAGGACUUCUAAAAAUUUCAGCGGCAGUACAUAGGGAGAGGAAGAUUACAUAAUCGUUCAACUUAAGAAACUAAGAAAUGACAAUCUACAACUUUUAACAGCUACCUAGAAAGUAGUUCAUUGAGGCUUAAUAGGUGCAAGACAGAAAAGCACUUGUUUUGAGUUAUAGCCUACUGAUACAGUUCAGUUUGUGGCCUCAUGUUCCACUCACGAAGGGACGAAGAGGAUGAGUGAGUGAGUGAGUGAUACAGUUCAGAAGUAACAACCCAGGCAGCCAAAAUCAAGAAAGUACGAGGGUCAUUUUUGGUCUCACUGGGCCGCUCCCUGGCUUUGAACUGGAAAUCCCCGAAACACGCGCGAACCGACGCGCAAUCGAGGGAACUCGACGCGAGCACUGCCGGUGUGGACAACGUGCUGAAUUUGCGUGCUCUUCGUCACCGACAAAAUUUCUUCGUUGUAACUUCGUUCUAUCGCUAACAUUCUGGCACGGUUUUCAGAAUGUUUCAUGGGGCGUUUUAAAAGAGUGAAUUCCUUUUCCUUUCAGACAGAAGUGGGACUGAAGUAAACGAAGCAGAAAGAUGAAGUUUUUAGUUGUUUGUCUUGUCUCGUGUAUGAUUCCACACUUGGUGUUUUCCACUGCACAGUCGUUUUAUUCUCAGGAUAAGACCCAGUCCCCGUCGUCCGUCCAAUGCUCGACAUGUUGUAGUGCUGGCGUACCGGGUGUCCCUGGGGUGCCCGGGAUACACGGAAGAGAUGGGACCAAGGGCGCCCGAGGGCCUGUGGGCCCCCCCGGCAAAGUGGGACCUAAAGGUCCUGAAGGGUCCAAGGGCGAAAAGGGUACCCAGACCUCUCAGAAACAAUGUGCGUGGAGCAAUCUUAGUGAUGGAAGAGACUAUGGACUGAUAAACGAUUGCGUUUUUACCAAGCAGUCCCAUAAUACAGCUUUGAAAGUGGAAUACAAUGGUGACCUCCGGAUAGCUUUCUGUCUGGAUUGCUGUAAGCGCUGGUAUUUCACCUUCAACGGUACAGAAUGUAACGGUCCGCUUGCCAUUGAUGGUCUUGUUCACAUUGCUUCAAACCACGGCAAAACAGACACCAACAUACACAGGGUGCAUCACAUUGCAGGUUAUUGCCAGGGAAUUUCUGCAGGAACCGUCCGAGUGGGGAUAAAUGUGGGGGACUGUGUGGGGAAGAAAUCCGGGUCUGAUGCCUAUACCGGGUGGAACUCCGUGAUGCGGAUCAUGAUCGAGGAGGUUCCUGCACCCCAGAAAAGUAAACGAAGCAGAAAGAUGAAGUUUUUGGUUGUUUGUCUUGCCUCGUGUAUGAUUCCACACUUGGUGUUUUCCACUGCACAGUCGUUUUAUUCUCAGGAUAAGACCCAGUCCCCGUCGUCCGUCCAAUGCUCGACAUGUUGUAGUGCUGGCGUACCGGGUGUCCCUGGGGUGCCCGGGAUACACGGAAGAGAUGGGACCAAGGGCGCCCGAGGGCCUGUGGGCCCCCCCGGCAAAGUGGGACCUAAAGGUCCUGAAGGGUCCAAGGGCGAAAAGGGUACCCAGACCUCUCAGAAACAAUGUGCGUGGAGCAAUCUUAGUGAUGGAAGAGACUAUGGACUGAUAAACUGAAGGAUUGCGUUUUUACCAAGCAGUCCCAUAAUACAGCUUUGAAAGUGGAAUACAAUGGUGACCUCCGGAUAGCUUUCUGUCUGGAUUGCUGUAAGCGCUGGUAUUUCACCUUCAACGGUACAGAAUGUAACGGUCCGCUUGCCAUUGAUGGUCUUGUUCACAUUGCUUCAAACCACGGCAAAACAGACACCAACAUACACAGGGUGCAUCACAUUGCAGGUUAUUGCCAGGGAAUUUCUGCAGGAACCGUCCGAGUGGGGAUAAAUGUGGGGGACUGUGUGGGGAAGAAAUCCGGGUCUGAUGCCUAUACCGGGUGGAACUCCGUGAUGCGGAUCAUGAUCGAGGAGGUUCCUGCACCCCAGAAGUAGUUCAAAGACAACGCAGAAAAAAGGAUCGAAAACCCUGAUUAGCUUAAGUACCCUAAGUACCAGUGGGAUGCGUCUCGCGGGAUCGGCUGACCGAAACGGGAAACCGCGUAUGAAAGCCUCUGGUGCCCAGGGCACUACUAACUUGUUUACAAUAGAAUUUUCACAGAUAAUUCCAUAAACUUGCUUCCUUGAAUUUGAUACGGGAUAUAGCUGUGCAAUAAACCAGGGGAUUCGUGCUUGAGCGAUUAAAAACCUUUGAACAUUGAA